AUGUGUCGGCAUGUAAUUGCAUCACUCGAACUGACCCGACUACGGAAGUCACGAAAAGGAAUAUACCACUGGCUAGGGUUUUGGGACCGGCUUUACGAACGACCGUUCUCUCGUUUGCUCUCGUCACGAGUUACUUCUGCCUUAUACAAGGUUGAUGCACUGUUUCGUGCUGUUUCUACGGAUCUUCACCAACUCACCCAGAGGAUGGAGCUUGCCAUAAUACAGGCUUCCUCUGAGAAAGAGAUUCUUCAUAUUCUCGAGAGAAUGGAGGAGGAGGUUGGCUUACGACGGAGACGCAGACGUAGAAAGGCGCAACACAUCCUCGAUAAGAUGCGUGCCAAUAUCGAAGCCAUCCCCGUCAAAGUGAAUGAUGAACUGUUCGAUGAUAUGAAACGGGGAGUGUUCGCUUUAGAUGUCUUCUGCGACUACCACCCAGGUGACUUGACAGCAGAGGAGACCGAGUCUAUGUGGCCAGAGCAUUUCCUAGACCAACCGGCGGGUUUGGUUGCCGUUUCACCAUACCUUUACAGACAGUGGCAGGAAUCUGCGCUUUCCGGUGCUUCCGGUGCCUACAUGCCUCUAUCGGCUUAUAGCUCCAAUACUACUUGGUAUGAUGCUGUUGAACAUUGGGUUAAUGAUGGGAACGAGGACAAUGCACGUACACCCCGGGAGGGCAUUUAG